CGCGUGAGAGAGCUCGAGUCUCAACUCCUGCAGGCGGACGAAAUGCGACGCGAAAUGCACAACAUGAUCCAGGAAUUGCGUGGAAACGUUCGUGUUAUCGCUCGAGUUCGUCCCUUGUUGCCAGGUGAAGAUAGCGUCGUCGACGUCCCGGAUGUCGACAAGCAGACUCUCGCCGUGUCCAUUCCGGAGCUUGACCCGAGAUUGUUCAACUUUGAUCGCGUGUUCAACGGUCAUUCAAGCCAAGAUGAAGUGUUCGAGGAAGUUUCCGAGCUCGUUCAAUCCGCUCUCGAUGGUUACAAGGUGUGCUUGUUUUCGUACGGUCAAACUGGCGCCGGUAAGACGUACACAAUGUUGGGUCAAGGUGAGGGCGAGCGUCGCGGUAUCGUUCCCAGAGCGGUCGCCAAGGUGCUUGAACAAGCCGAGGCUCUUCGAUCAAAGGGCUACGAAUACACCAUGGAGGCGAGUUACGUGGAGAUUUACAACGAGCAGAUUCGCGAUUUGCUGUGCCCGGGCUCCACGCACAGCGAACGUCACAACGUGGUCAACGCUCCAGAGGGUGGAUGCCCUACGGUGACCGGUGUCGUGCGCGAAGAGGUAACAUCUGUGUACGAAGCGACUAGCUUAGUGCGCCGUGCCAUGAAGGCGCGGGAAGUGGCGGAAACGGAGAUGAACGCAAACUCGUCCCGCUCGCACACGUUGUUCCUGUUGUACAUCACCGGCGUGCACCAAGCGACGGGUCAAACCCUCACGGGUUGCCUCAACCUUGUUGACUUAGCCGGUUCUGAGCGAACAAAGAGGAGUGGAGCUCGUGGGCAGCGAAUGACAGAAGCCUGCGCCAUCAACAAGAGCUUGUCCUGUUUGGGAGACGUGUUCGCCGCCGUCGGGAGGGGCGACAAGCACAUUCCCUACCGCAAUAGUAAGCUUACGUACCUGCUUGCGCCCUGCUUAGGGGGCGAAGGCAAGACAUUGAUGGUAGUGAACAUAGCUCCAGACUUGGACAGCGCCGAGGAGUCGAUGUGCUCGCUCAGGUUUGCGUCCACCGUGAACCAAGUGGAAUUAGGA